AGGUCCAAGCAAUUCUUCCUGGAGCUUUUUUCUGGUUUGGAUUUCUUAUCCCUGUCACCAACCACCAGCUGAAUCUCCCCAUAAUUUCAUCAUUGAAGUGAGAUUCUCCAACUAACCUCCUGUCUCUCUGAAAACACCCACCUGAAUUCUCUGCACUCAACAGAGCAGCCCAAGGAUAAACCCUCCAGUAAAUCCUAUGUGACUGAAGCUAUAGGAGCCUGACUUUACCCCUCUUCACCACCCAAAAGAGAUGGAUCUUGGAGAGGUCAUUGUGGCUGAACAUCCCGGAGAGAGGGAGUUGUACACGGAGCAGCAGCCAAGAGCCCAGGACCUGCUGGGGAGAAGUGGAAAUCAGAUCCACCGUGUCUUCGGGUACCUCGCAGGAGAAAUGAAAGAAUAUGGAGAGUGGAUUAAAAAUAAGCCCCUAAUGUUUCAGCUGGUGGACUGGAUCUUGAGAGGGACCUCUCAGGUGCUGUUUGUCAACAACCCUCUCAGUGGGCUGAUCAUUUUAGUGGGGCUUUUCAUCCAGAACCCUUGGUGGAUGCUCACAGGCUGUACUGGAACAACUGUGUCAACAUUAACUGCAUUGGCCCUCAGUCAGGACAGAUCAGCCAUUGCAGCUGGGCUGCACGGCUAUAACGGGAUCUUGGUGGGACUGCUCAUGGCCGUUUACUCUGACAAAGGGGAUUACUACUGGUGGCUUCUUCCUCCUGUGGCAAUUAUAUCGAUGUCCUGUCCAAUCCUGUCCAGCGCUUUGGGAUCAAUCUUCAGUAAAUGGGACCUUCCUGUGUUCACUCUGCCCUUCAACAUUGCGGUGACUUUGUACUUGGCAGCCACAGGACACUACAACCUCUUCUUCCCUACAACACUCAUCAAGCCUGUAGCAUCAGUGCCCAACAUCACCUGGUCUACAAUCAAUGUGCCACUGCUCUUGCAAUCCAUCCCAGUUGGUGUCGGUCAAGUAUAUGGUUGUGAAAACCCCUGGACUGGAGGCAUCUUCCUUGUUGCUUUACUUGUCUCGUCACCACUUAUUUGUUUACAUGCUGCAAUUGGAUCAGCAGUUGGAAUGUUUGCAGCCCUGAGCAUCGCAUCACCGUUCAAUAGCGUCUACCUUGGCUUACACAAUUACAACUGUGCACUCGCGUGCAUUGCGAUUGGGGGCAUGUUCUAUGCCUUGACCUGGCAGACUCAUUUGCUGGCACUUGCCUGUGCAUUAUUUUGUGCCUAUUCCGGAGCAGCUCUUGCUAAUACUCUCUCUGUGGUUGGGCUGCCACUGUGCACCUGGCCCUUCUGCUUCUCCACGCUCCUCUUUUUGCUGAUAAAUUCAGACAACCCAGCCAUCUACAAAAUCCCACUCUGCAAAGUCACCUACCCAGAAGCCAACCGGAUCUACUACCUGAGAAUGAAGAGAAGAGCGUCAGAGAGCAGGAGAGAAGAGCAGAAACAAAAGGAGCAGAAACCCUCCAGUGACUCAAAAAUAAGCACAGGAGGCACCCCCCUGUGCACCCCUAAAAACCGUCACGCUCACUGAUUUCAAAUGUCCAUGACUGUAUGAUUUUGGGGAAGUUUUUCACAUUCUAACCAAGGACACCACAACCAUAAACAUCACCUUCAUCAGCAGCCUGCAGGCUGAGGAUUCAGUAUCACAUGCUCUGGGAAAAACACAAUCUGUCCUUGAGCAAACCUUUCCAAGUAGCAUCAAGGUAACAUAAUAAUGGCUGCCUUAUCAAUACACGUGCUGUUCACUUGAAAGUCACUUCUUACCAAUAAUAAUUAUAAGAAUAGGCAGAAGAACAUUAAUGCUGACAAGAGGCUGUAUUUAAUUUCAGAUAUGUAUUUUAACAAAAUAAAUAUGAUAAGGUUUUGGUGUCUAAUAAUAAUAAAUAAUGUAAGAACUACAUCAAGAGCUGCACUUCAAAUUAGGAAUAUGUAUGUUUGAAAGUGGAAUAAACACAGUGAUCUCUUCCUUUCUUGUGUUCCAUCAAUGUCUACCCCGCUUAAUCAUUCCCGACAGCUACAACAUACACAGAUAAAUAUUCUUACAGAGUACAUGCAAUAUUUGGUGCUAUCUCCUGAGUCCCCAUUAAGCGCCAAGAUAAUGAAGGUGUGAAUAUAUAUGCUUUAAUCAGACUAUAAAAGUGACUAGCUAACAAUGGUCAAACAUUUUUCUUUUCUUUGUGUCAUUUUCUGUCUUAGAUGUUGAAGACCUCUCUCCUGCUGAAUGCAGGAUAACAGGACUGAAUCCCUACACACACCCAGUGUGAAAUGGGAAAAAUGUAAAGAAUGAGAUAAACAUUUACUGCUAGUGUCAGGUACUGUGGUUCUUCCCCUCCUUUUUCUAGGGGAGCAGUUCUCUUGCAUUAAGCCACAAGUAAUGAACAAGUCAAAGGCUCGCCUUGUUGUUUGCUGGGUAACAGACUAGGAGGCUCUUCUCAGUGACAACCAAUGAUAGGACA